AUGCCGACGAUCACGGUAAGCGAAGGCAGCCCGUUGCUGGCAGAGCGCCGCAGCUACGCGCUUAGCUCGAUGUCCACGCCGCGUUCGCCCUUCGAGACAGGCUUCCCCACGCUCUUCACGUCUCAAACGCCAUCGCCACGGCCGCAUCGCCUGGUCUUCAACAAACCGCAGCCCCGCCACCGCGAACUGCACGUGUUUCUUACGCUCACCAUGUCCACAGUGGGCGCUGGAAUGCUCUCCGUGCCUUACACGUUCCUUCUGGUACCGACAUGGGCCGCACUACUGGGUAUUGUCAUUGUGGGAGUUGGCAUGGCACUCACAGCCAACGCACUGCUGCUCGCACACGUGCAACUGGCCCAGAAGGAGGAGCAGCAGCAACAUAUCGGAUCUGGCAGGAGAUUCGCGUCCUUCCAGGCCAUCGCCGUCGCGGCAGGAGGUGACGCGUUAGGCUACGCUGUGUCCAUCAUCACAGCUAUCGGCAUAUACGGAGGCUGCGUCGGCUGUGUCCGGAUUGUGCGUGACAUUGCACCCUUCCUUGCUGUUAUGUUCUACCGCAUCAUAUUGGGAGCAAGUGCACAGCCGCUACCGUCAGCCACGGCUCACCAGAUCGGGGACUACGUCAUGUGGGCCGUAUUCGCCUUGGUGGUGUUCCCAUUAUGUCUCAUGAAAAACUUAGCCAAGUUACACAUUUCCAGCUACCUGGGGUUUCUAUUCUCAGUGUAUCUGGUUGUGGCUGUCAUUUACCGAUCAUAUCAUGCCUUGGGCCCACGAGAUAGCGACGAUGACAUGAUGCCGACGGUGAUAACUGGGUCAGCUCUGUCCAGGUUUGCCCAUGCGAUCUCGAUCUACAACUACGCGUUCAUGAUGCACUUGAACCUGGUGCCGCUGUUUAUCCAGCUUCGUGGCAGCUUCUCCGAGCCUCUGAAAGAGUCGAAAUGGAAAAUGUCGAGCUGCAUCUAUGCGCUCAGCACGUUCUGUGUGGUGUUUUACGCCGUUUUCGGGUACUUUGCAGAGAAGCUCUACACUGUGGCAGUACGAGGCAAUGUGUUGCUGAACCUGGAGAAUGACCCGUUAAUGGACAUACCGUUGGUCGCUGUAUUCAGUACUGUGGUGCUAUCCUUCCCGCUGCUAUUCCAUCCUUUACGUGGUGUUCUGGAGGAACUCAUCUUCACUACCAACCUCGACGGUAUCGCGUUUGCCACACGUUUGGGCAGCUCAACGAUCCUCCUGCUUUCUCAGGUGCUGCUGGCAAUUGUGGUCCCUGGUAUCGAAGUUGUCUUUGGCCUCACGGGUGCCAGCACCUGUUUCAUGAUCUGCUUCGCCUUCCCUAUGAUCUUUUUCGCGAGACUCUAUCCCUGGGAGCAAGGUCACAAUGGGAAGCUGUGGAUCACUGCUUUAUGGAUUGUUGUAGCGUUCUUUAUGGUAAUUGGCAUUUCAGCCACGUGGUUUCUGCUCUCGGAAGGUUGA